CCCAUUGUUGACAUCACUGUCAGCUGGCGGAGUAUACUCAUCGGGGAAUUUAAGGGCGCAGUUGUCUCUAAAGAAAUAAAAUAAUGGAGCUGCAGCAAAUGGAAGCAGAGGCCCGGGCUGCAGCCCUAAAAGACGUGAAGAACAUGCUUCAGCGCCCUGGCCAACUGGAGAAAGUGGAACAGUACAAACAUCGAAUCGCCCGGAAAAAGGCUUCUGCGGAGGCCCUACUCAAGACAGGUCUUCAGAACCAAUUAGACGGCGUCCGGGUUGGCUUAAAGCAGCUUGAGACGUGCUUGGAGGAUGUGAAAGAUGUGAAUAUCCGUGUGAAGGACGUCGAAACUUUACUCGCCAACGUCCCUGAGAUUUACGACGCCCUCGAGCCUGUGCGGGAGGAGAACACUCGCCAUUCCCAGUAUGCCACGGCCAUGGAAAAUCUGAAGCAUAUUUUCAACGUUCAGUCCAGCGUAAGCAAAACAAUGCAAUGGAUCGAAGAAGAUAAGUUACUUCAUGCGCAUCAAAGCCUUUGUGAUCUGGAGAACUCUCGUGACGAUUUGCUCUACGAACUGCACAAGCAACCCAAGCAGUACGCCCACGAUAAAAUUACGUUGAAGCGGCAUUUCGAGAAGGUGGAGACCGUGUCUCAGGCCUUGGAACGGAAAAUUCGCCUGAUAUUGAACAGGACAUUGAACACAGUGCGCAAGAAGCCAACAGUGAUUGUGACCGCGCUGAGAAUCAUAGAACGUGAGGAAAAGGCUGAUCAGUUUGCCCUGCAGCAGCAGAAAAGCACUGGCUUCCUGCCACCCGGACGACCGAAAGAGUGGCGUAAAAUGGCUAUGGCUGUUCUGAACGAGGCUGUGAUUCAAAGAAUUGAAGGUUCGAAGCUUGAGGAGCGGGCGGACAGCAAAAUGUGGCUGGUCCGUGACUUGGAAAUCACAAGACAGUUCAUCCUUGAGGAUUUACGUGUAGUUAAAUCGCUUUGUGUUCCGUGCUUUCCACCGCAAUAUGAUAUCUUUAACGAGUACGUCCGCAUGUAUCACCGAGCACUGUCGACUUAUCUUGAAGAUCUUGCGCGUUCUGGUCUCGAAGGUAACGAGUACGUCUCACUUCUUUCCUGGGUCAACAACACCUACCCAGGACUCGAAUUGAUGGCCCAUCCCGACCUCAAUGUCGAUAUAAUGGCGGUAGCGGGACCGUUGAUCAAGCACGAACUGCUGAAAUCUCUGGAAUCACAAUACCUCCGGGACAUGGCUAACAAUUAUCAAGAGUGGAUGACAAAGACUGUGGAGACGGAGAAACAAGAUUGGCUGAGCGAGACACCGCCCGAACAAGACGAUCAGUACUACCACACUUCAGCGCCAGUGAUCAUCUUCCAGAUGAUCGAUCAGCACUUGCAAGUGACCAACACCAUCCACGCAGAGUUAACGUUCAACGCGUUGGUGCUGAGCAUACAACAAGUUGAGCGGUUCGGGCAAAAUUACAGAGCAGCCGUUGCAGAUAUCAAGGAACGCCACUUCAAAAACCGCGAUCAAGUCAAAUUCUUUACGCAACACAUCAUUACGAUUGUGAAUAAUUGCCAACAAAUGAUUGAGCUGGCCCAGCAGAUGAAACAGCUCUACUGGCCCAAAUCAAAGACGGAGCAUUACGAGGACUUCGAGCGAUUGAUUAGUACAUUCCACACGAUCCGAUCUGAUUCCAUCACGUACUUGCUGGAAGAGGCGUUCCUUGAUCUUGACGGUCAAUUCAACGAUUUGUUUACGGUCAAGUGGCUGACAAGCAGCAUGUCAGUGGACACGAUUUGCGUCACACUUGAAGACUAUUUUCAGGACUACAAUCAUCUACGACCCAACAAUUUUGAAUUAGUCAUUAACGAAGCGCAACGAAUGGUAGCAAAACGUUACAUUCGUGCCAUGCUCUCAAAACGAAUUUCAAAAUUGCCCAAUGAAUGUGAACUGAUCGCUCGUAAAUCGAAAAAAGAGGCAAAACAAAUCAACUGGUUUUUCGAGAAGAUCGCACCGAACAUAUCGAAAAGUGAUUCGCCCAUCGAACUUAUUUCCAUCCUGGCAGAUUUAUUGGUGAGCGACAUCGAAAUGCUUGUUCUCGACUUGCAUACAUUACUGGGAAAUUACCCGUCUUUGAGUGAGGAUCAAAUUGUUAGAUUAUUCUAUAUUCGGAACGAUGUGAAGGCGAGCGAAAUACGAGAAAAAGUUCAAGAUGCGAUGCGAUCGAAAAAGCCGAUGGUUAGUAUUGCAAAACAGGAUGAGAUAUUUAAGGAUAUUGUAUUUAGUGAUAAGUUAUGGUCAUAGAUAUGUUAUAUGUUGCAUAAAGAAAUAGCACGCAGAAAA